AUGUAUGCAGCAAUCAUCUACAAAUCCCUGGGAUGGGACAAGGGUAGUCAGGCACUAUCUAUCAACGGCAUUCAGGCUGCACUCCAGCUUGUCAUUGUACUUGUCAACACCUUCACGGUCGAUCGCUAUGGACGAAGGGCGCUCUUGUUGGCUGGAUUUGCUAUUCAGGCCAUGGCACUGUUUAUACUCUCUUCGCUGACCACGGCGUUCCCGGAUAACAAGAACAGCUCGGCUGCCAUUGUCGAGGUAGCCAUGCUCUUCAUCGUGGGUCUCACUUACUGUUGGUCCAAUGGGCCGAUUCCGCCUGCCAUAGCAUCAGAAAUCUUCCCCCAAGAAGUCCGUGACAAAGCCUUUGGCUUCUCUCUACUUGGUCAGACUGUCUGUUUGCUGGCUUUGACGCAACCAUGGCCUACACUGAGUGCACAGGUGGGUGGUAAGAGUUAUUGGCUUCUCGCAGGACUCAACACUCUGUGUCUGAUUUCGGUGUAUUUUAUCCUCCCCGAGACCAAGGGUAUCUCACUGGAAAGAAUGGACACAAUAUUUGGUGAAGUGGAUGCUGUCGAAGCUGGUGAGCUGCAGGUUGACUUGAAAAAGUCGGAACUCAUGUCCCAAGCCAGCAUGGAACAGCACGAGACUAUCGGACAUGAAGGCGACGUGAGGAUCACCGACGGACGCCAAGAAAGUGUCUAA